UUCUAAUGAAAUCGAUUAUUUAGUUGGCAAAAGAAAUGAAACGGUAUUGGACGAAAUGAGAAUACUAUCCCCAGUCCCCCACGCGUUGAUCUGUUUUAGCUCUUUUCCUCUGAUUUUGGUUUGAAUCCGUAAAAGAUAGUUUCCACGUCCGUGAUUUCGAUUUCAAAUCCCCAAAACUCCUUCGAAUUUGUGUUCUCAAUCUCUUCGCUUUUCCUUAUUGAAUUUGAGAUCUGAGAGACACCAGAUCCGGAAUAGGAAGAAGAAGAAGAAGAAGAAGAAGAAGAAACAAUGCAAGCAAGACAUGGACACUCGUCGUAUCGAGAUCGGACGGACGAGUUCUUCGGCGUCGUCGAAACGCUGAGGAGAUCGAUUGCUCCGGCCGCGGCGGCGCCGAAUAAUGUGCCGUACGGUGGUGGUGGAAGAAGAGACGAUCCGAGAUCCAACGCAGUUAUGCAAUCGGAGUUCAACAGAAGAGCUUCUGUGAUCGGUUUAGCUAUCCACCAGACAUCCCAGAAACUCUCCAAACUCGCUCAACUGGCAAAGAGGUCAUCUGUUUUUGAUGAUCCAACCCGGGAGAUAGGAGAGCUGACGGCGGUAAUCAAACAAGAGAUCUCUGGACUAAACACUGCGCUGCUUGAUCUUCAAGCUGUACGCAACUCUCAUAAUGACGAAAGGAACAUCUCUAGAGACACAACUACUCACUCUGCCACCGUUGUUGACGAUCUCAAGAAUCGCUUGAUGGACACUACCAAAGAGUUUAAGGAUGUUCUUACUUUGAGAACCGAGAACAUGAAGAUUCAUGAAAAUAGAAGGCAAAGAUUCACGAAUAACCCUUCAAAAGAAUCAACAAACCCAUUUGUUCGCCAGCGCCCUUUGGCUUCUAAGCCUGCACCUAGUCAACCUGCUCCUCUUCCAUGGGCAAAUGGCUCUCCUUCAUCGUCAUCUCAGUUAGUCCCAAGGAGACAGGGAGAGGCUGAAUCUUCUCCAUUGUUGCAGCAGCAGAGUCAACAACAACAACAACAGAUGGUCCCGUUGCAAGACACUUAUAUGGAGAGCCGCGCAGAAGCUCUACACAAUGUGGAAUCAACAAUUCAUGAGCUAAGCAAUAUCUUCACACAACUAGCAACCAUGGUUUCUCAGCAAGGGGAGAUCGCUAUCAGGAUAGAUCAGAACAUGGAAGAUACAUUGGCGAAUGUGGAAGGCGCACAGAGCCAACUGGCUAGGUAUCUCAACAGUAUAUCGUCAAACCGAUGGCUCAUGAUUAAGAUUUUCUUUGUACUGAUUGCAUUUCUCAUGGUUUUCCUCUUCUUCGUGGCCUAAUACUGAGAUUU